UAAACAAGUGGUUUCUAAAUGGCUUUUAUUUUGAAGUACAGAACAUCCGGUAGGCAGUGGUGCUGUUUUGUUCCACACAGCUCAGACUUUAGUGUUUCUGUUAUGGACUGACAGAAACGCGGCCUGUGGAAUUAACUUUUUCUCAAUCUUAGAAACACCGCCCCUGUCUUGACAGAUAGUGGCGGGGAUGCGGCAUCGACAUGGGAAAUCUUUUCGGGAAAAAGAAAGCAACUCGGGUGACCGAGCAGGACAGAGCUGUGCUGCAACUAAAGCAGCAGAGAGAUAAACUGAAGCAGUAUCAGAAGAAGAUAACGCUUCAGAUGCAGAAAGAGCGACAGCUGGCCAAACAGUUAUUGAAAGAUGGAAAGAAAGAGAAAGCACUCCUACUCCUCAAAAAGAAACGUUACCAGGAUCAGUUACUGGACAAAACUGAAAAUCAGAUAAGCAACCUGGAGCGGAUGGUACAAGAUAUUGAAUUUGCACAAAUAGAGAUGAAAGUCUUUGAAGGACUGAAAGUUGGCAAUGAUUGCCUGAAGAAAAUGCAUGAGGUGCUGUCCUUAGAGGAGGUGGAGAGGAUCAUGGAUGAAACACAUGAUUCCAUUGAGUAUCAGAAGCAAAUUGAUGAGAUGCUGGCGGGAUCUCUGACCCAGGAGGAUGAGGAGGCUGUGCUAGCAGAGCUGGAGGCCAUCACUCAGGGAGAAGCUGACCUUGAACUUCCUGAGGUGCCUGGGGAGGAACUACCAGAGGUUCCAGAGCAAGAGCCAGUGCGGGAGAAGGAGAGGGUGAAAAAGAAGCCAGAGCGAGAGAUGUUGGCAACGUAAAUACAGAUUUAUCAUACCUCCAUGUCUGCUCUCGAGCCGUUCCCCUAGAGAACCCAAGGGCUCAUCCCAGGCAAAACUAGUGAUUGACAGUCCUCCCUCUCAUAUAUGUUGAAGAUCUACAAUCAUGCCAUUUUUCUAAUUGUAUAUACACUGCAUACUGUAUGCCAUUUAGUUUAGAUGAUUAUUCUGAAAUACUCUUUAACAGUGCCUGGUCUUUCUAAUCACCCUACAGUUUUGUCUGAUCUUUUAAUUAUAUAUCAAAGGCGUAUCAUGUCAAUGCCUGUAACUUUCUAAUGCAUGCAUCACUUAUAUUAUAACAGUCUCUGAUAAAAAUGAUCCCCAAACAUUAGUGUUCAAAUCCACCAUAUUUUGUCACAAAGAACACAAAACUGAAGCAUUUUCAUUAUGAAUUCCAGUAUGUCCAGUAUAAACUUGUACAAACUUUUCAGUGUGCUGAAAGAUGUCAUUAAAAACUAUGACAAGCCUGGUUUAAGUAGUAAAAACUGAUUUAUAGAUAGAUAAAGACUAAAGAGACAUCAUUGAAGGAAAAUGCAGGUAUAAUACAGCAGCAAUGUCAGUUUGAAGUUUACAAAACCACUAGUGUACACUUCUUAUUGAGAGGAAAGUAGUCAAAUCCUCAAUGCAUUAUGCUGCACACACACUGUUUUGUUUUAAUGAAGCAUACAUAAGAUACAAGGACAUGAUCUAUACAAGCAAAACUAAUGACAUUUGAACAUUGUUUUUCUGUCAUAGUUUGGUUUGUGACUAAUGCACUGAUUUAUUUGAACUUGAGGUCUUAUCAAUUUUGUUACAUGUUAGCUCUCUGAAAACUUCUGUGAAUUCACUGUUCAGCUAGUUUAUGGUCUAUCUUCCUUAUUUCAUUUUGUAGUUCUGUAACUACAUUUUAUGUAAUCAUUUUUCAUCACUGUUGUGCCUGCAAGAAAAUGAGUUCAUGUAGUGGCCACUAGGCAGCAGUGUAAUGCAAGCUGUGUUGGGGACAAGUCUGGCAGAUUGGCCAAAUCAAAGGGUUUGCUUUGCUGCAGGUAGUUAUCAUGCAUUUCUCCAAACGGAUAUGUCAAAUCUUAAUUAAAUUAACAAACAUACACGAAUGAGAUCUCUUUAAUAUCUCGUAUA